AUUUCUAUUUAGUUUCUGUGAGGCUGGCAGGCUUUCUACCCUAAUCAUUCGAGUAAUCCACAAAUAAGAGACGAAAGAGAAAACUGGGGGAAUGAUUGGGAGACCUAAACCAUCAACGCCAUCUCCUAAACGAUUCGGCGAUUCGAGAUCAGAUCGGUCUGGGUGGUGGAAACGAUGCCGUCUCACGCGGAUCUGGACCGUCAAAUCGAGCACCUGAUGGAGUGCAAGCCUCUGCCGGAGCAAGAGGUGAAGGCGCUGUGCGAUCAGGCGAGGGCGAUUCUUGUUGAGGAGUGGAACGUGCAACCGGUCAAGUGCCCCGUCACGGUUUGCGGCGAUAUUCACGGCCAGUUCUACGAUCUCAUCGAGUUGUUUCGGAUAGGAGGGAGCGCCCCUGAUACCAAUUACCUAUUUAUGGGUGAUUAUGUAGAUCGUGGGUACUAUUCAGUGGAGACUGUUUCACUUCUGGUGGCCUUGAAAGUCCGUUACAGAGAUAGAAUUACAUUAACCAGGGGAAAUCAUGAAAGCCGUCAAAUUACUCAAGUGUACGGCUUCUAUGAUGAGUGCUUGAGAAAAUACGGAAAUGCGAAUGUCUGGAAAUACUUUACUGACUUGUUUGAUUAUUUACCUCUGACUGCCCUUAUUGAGAGUCAGAUUUUCUGCUUGCAUGGAGGUCUCUCACCUUCGUUGGAUACACUGGAUAACAUCAGAGCAUUGGAUCGUAUACAGGAGGUUCCGCAUGAAGGACCGAUGUGUGAUCUCUUGUGGUCUGAUCCUGAUGAUCGGUGUGGGUGGGGAAUAUCUCCACGUGGUGCUGGAUACACAUUUGGACAGGAUAUAGCUGCUCAGUUCAAUCAUACCAAUGGUCUCUCUCUGAUAUCUAGAGCUCACCAGCUUGUUAUGGAAGGAUACAAUUGGUGCCAGGAGAAGAAUGUGGUGACUGUAUUUAGUGCUCCAAAUUACUGUUACCGAUGUGGGAAUAUGGCUGCCAUACUGGAAAUUGGAGAGAAUAUGGAUCAGAAUUUUCUUCAGUUUGAUCCUGCUCCCAGGCAAAUUGAGCCUGACACUACGCGCAAGACCCCAGAUUAUUUUUUGUAACUUCAUAUAUAUGCCUAUGUGUAGUUACUGCUUUCUGCCGUUACUGUAGAUGUGUCUUCAAGGAAAAGGAGUUUCAUUGUUUUAAGAGGAGGGUGGUCAUCAACAUAAUUCUUUGUUUUUGGAGUUUAUCUAAUGCUGCUGCCUUAUUUGCACAAGAAACCAAUAGGAGAACUGACACAAGCAACUAAUUGGUGUUGUAUAUUUUUGAGAGGAGGAAGCGGCGAUAUAACAUGGUAUAUCUUGUUUUGUGAUUUUUUUCCCUUGAAUUAAAUCUCUAGUUAGAGAGCAGAUUUUGUGUCCUGACAAUGAUGUGCUGAGACUUUUGAACGGUGCUGGUGUUCUUUUUACAUUACUAUAUCUUGGUAAAUGUUAAGUUGGGGUGAUG